UCCAGCAGUAGCCGGGUUGUUCACGUGUAGCUGGUGCAGCCGCGUCUGCACUUGCAACUUCUACACCGUGUUCGAGUGGUCGCAUGGUGCUCGCCAAUGCUUUUCGCGCCAUUUGGUUGUCGCCUGCAGGUGUUCUGUGGAAGCUCUCGUCAGUUUGUGUGAUUGUGUCGCUGCGACCGCCAUAUACGCUCUCGUCCCGCGGUAUCGCUACUGACGCUUUUACGUUAGCGUGAAAGCAACUUUAAGCGGGCGCUAUGAAAUGCGUCGCCGUUGGGUGUCAAACAGGAAGAAAAAGUGGUUUGCGCAUCCAUUCGUUCCCGCGGGAUCCCAAGCGUAGGCUGGAAUGGGCUGUGAAAGUGAACAUUGCAGAGAACGGCAAACUUUGGGUGCCACCGAAGGACAAUCGGUACGGUGUGUGCGAGGUGCACUUCGAAGAGGACCAGUAUGAGCCUAAACGCACUGAUCGCAAGCUCAAGCCGUUUGCUGUGCCCACUCUGUUCAGCCACCGGAAAGUUCCGAAACAGCGCCGAAGGCUUGUACGGAGUGGUCCCACAAGCAGCAGUACGAAUGUUACUACUGCUGUUGACACCGUUGCUAAGGUGGAUACUGUCGUCUCCACAGCCACGAGUGUCGCAACUGUUUCUACUGUCAUGACACCUGUGGUUUCAUCAUCAGUGGCCAAAAGGCAGCCAGCUCAUCUCCGACCAGCCACCAACCGUGCAAGCUGUGCCAAGCAAGCACAGCACACGCAGGUCACUCCGUCAGCCAUGACAACAUUAGUGACACCACCCGUGAACACUGGUCCACCAUUUACUGUGGCCACUUCGGGUGGCAACAUCAUCCUUGUUCCUGCCAUUACACAAGGCGAUCACCGUUACACUGUGAGCGGUCCGCCUGCUGUUCCACCUGUUGCGGUGCCUAACACCGGUGCUCCGAAUACUAACUCAGUGCUUCCUUCAGUCAGCUGCCUUCCCAACACUGGCCCCAUCAUUCUGGUGCCUGUGAGCAAACCCAGCGGGGUUCCAUUGCCCAAUAAAGGGACGAGCCCGAGUACUCAGAUGCCAGUCAUCCUAUCGGUUGAAUCACUUGCACCAUCGGAUUUGACACCCAUCUUGCCUAGGCCCUCAAGCUAUGAAAAGCUAAAGGAGGAGACAACAGCAUUGUGCCAACAGGCUGAUGAACUGCGACGCAAGGUGGCCGACUUGUCUUGCCAGAAAGUGCGUGUCAUGGCAGCACUGGCACGCCAGACAGAGCUGCUGAGCCGCUUCCUCCGAAUGGACCAAGUUGAGUGGCUGCAGAAGCUUCCCAAUGACCAGCCCAUAAAGUGGACUGAGCCCACGCUGCAGUUGGCGCUCGACAUCUACCGUUGCUCACCCGAGGCCUACCGCAAGCUGCUAGUCAGCCACUUUCCAUUUCCAAUGGAGACAGCUCUGAGGACGUACUGCAAAGAGAAGGGGAUAUGCGGAGGCGUGCCCGCUGAGUUGCUGCAAACGGUCACAUUACCUCAAGCAGAUGGAGAGGAAGAAGAUGAGAAUGUGAACAUUAUUUGGUUGUGAAUUAGCCACAGGACUGCCGUGACUGGCUAGCGGCCACCUGGGUGGCAAGUUCACUAGUCAUAGUUCAUCAGUUAAUAGUUUACCACCAAGAAAAAAACGUGGUUCAAAAUCAUGUUCCUGUGCACAGUUGCAUUUCAUAUAUGCCGUAUAUUGAGUGUUCAAGUUGAUAUUUUAAAUAUGCUCAUUUUAUCACAUGCUUGUUGGUUGUCACUGCAAGUUUUCCUAAUAAAAGCUCAUCCACUUCUGGCUGUA